UAUCCUUCCGCAUCCAAGGAUUGACUAUCCAUGGAGAAAGUUAUCCGGACUUGUGUAUAGUCCGCUAUCCAAACAUGGUCUGGAAGACAAAACGGGAGCCCCUCCCCUGCAAUUAUCUAUUUGAACUCUUGCCCAAGUUAUUGUUCUUCCUGCAUCUCCAGGUUAGUUAAAUUAGGUUAGGUCCAUUGUAAGUGGGAUUGGUAAUGGAGGGUUUACAGAAAGCAUUCCGAGCAAUUUCUGAAAACCCUAAACUUGCCCAACUGGGUAUGCCCUCUUCUUCUUCUUCAUGUUCCACGAGGGAAGGAGGAGGAGGAGGCGCCGCUGCUUUGUCUAACCAUUCUGGGGUCCUCAUCACCAGACCUCCCAGACAAUCUGUAUCACUGUGGACGUGCUCAAAGCUUUGCACAAUUUGCUUUGUUGCUGGAGUUAUUGCUGGUUUUACGUUGAAGCGACGUGUCCGGCGCUGGGCAUCCAAACUUCUCCGAAGAAUAAAAGAUGACUGAGGUUACAUCUUCCAUAAAGUUUCUUGCCGUUAUAUUCGCAUUUAUUGCGUAAUCCACAAAUUUACAAACUCUGAAUGCAAAGCUGUCAUUCGAAAUAUCUAGUUUUGUAAGGUCUUUUUGGGGUUUUGAAUACAGGAAAAUUUCCAACUCUGAGAGUUCAAUUUUUUCGUUGUUUUGUUAUUAUUUCUUUUUCUGACUUAUUAAAAGAGAUGCUUGUGAAAUCAAGUUAGUCUGGCCAUCUUCCUUGAUACGCAGGUGUAACUCGUUGGAUGUCAUUUAUGGAUUCCUUUGGUUCUUGCA